AUGAGCAUGUUUCUUAAUAUAGUUAUUUUGUUUGACGCAGCAAGUGUUGCCUUUCUUUUAAUAACAUUUCUUAUGCUCACUUUUAAUGAAGAAAGCAUAGAGAUAAGCAAAGUACAUAAAGAAAAUGGGAAAAAGCCUUUAAUUGUGUCUAUAUUGUUAUAUGCAGUUAUAUUAUUAUUAUUGUUUGCAUACAAAGCAUAUAAAAGUAAGCGUAAGUUGUAUAACAAAUAUUUUUUUAAGAAAAAAGAUUCUCCUAAAUAUGUUCAACUCCCCAGUACCUAUUAUUCAUCAAAUGACGAGUGUGAGCAAUAUGAACUAAACAAAAUAUAA